AGGGGUGGUGGUGGAGGCAGAUACGAUAGUAGCAUUUAAGAGACUGUUGGGCUAGGCACAUGGAUAUGCAGGGAAUGGAGAGAUAUGGAAUAUGUACAUACAGUUAAGAGUUAGUCUUGGCAUCAUGUUCAGCAUGGAUGAUAUAAUUUGAAAGCUUGUUCCCUUACUAUACUCUUCUUUGUAUUUUGCAUGUUGUAGAUAGCACACACUGUAGCCACAGUGUGCCAGGAUGGAGGGAAUGAAUGUUAAAGUGAUUGAUUGAUUAGCCCAUUUCUGAAGUUGUUGAACUUCUUGCAUGCCAUUGGAGGUGGAGAGUGUUCCAUUAUGUCAGGGGUAAUGGGGAGAAGGUAGAAGAAUGGGUUUGGAGGAGAGAGUUAGAUCAGCCAUGAUUGAAUGGUGGAGUAGACAUGAUGGGCUGAAUAGCUUCAUUCCACUCCGAUCACUUAUUAUAUGCCUUAAUGGGCAUUGUAGAUAAUGGAAAGAUCAUGUGGCGAGCCACUUACCAUAGGAUACCCAAACUCUGACCUGAUCCAUAACUUGGAAAUAAUGAAAAUUAGUUUGCUAAGAAAUUGAAGUUACUUGUUUAUUUUCAAUACAAGGAUUAAAGUUAAUCUUAACUCAAUGAAUUGUAACAACUACAAUAUAUUUCAAGUUUUCACAAUAUAAUCUCAAUACGGUUAAUUUUCAGCAAAUUUAUUGACUCAGACAGCACAGAUUUUUAUAAAUGACAAAGAUACUUCAUCAUAAAAUUAUAUGAACCAAAAAUGUGAUUGUGUUUAUCACUAGACAUAAUGCCACAAGAGAUCUGUGUUCUCUUGUAAAUGAUUCCUCUUCACGGUUGGCUGAAAAAAUAAAAGCAUAUGAAACAGAAAGAGAUGAAACACGGCGACUUUAUGGUGAAAAUGCUGAAAAUAUUGAGCGAAUAAUAAUGGCUUUUGAAGAACUUCGCAUUCAGGCUGAAAAUACAAGAUUAGAAAUUAUAUUUAAGCUAAAGGAAGAAAUUGAACAAAGAGAACAGCUUAAGAAUAAAUAUCAACAGCAACUGAAUGAUAAAGAGAAUGAGGUACAGCAAUUCCAACAGCAGUAUAAACAAAAAGAUACUGAGCUUCAUGAAACAUGGAUUAAUCUGCAGGAGUCCAAAACCAAAAAUGAUCGGCUAGAGGAAGCAAAUAGACACUUCAGUGAAAACCUUCAAGAGUUGAAUGCCAAGGAAAGAAACUUGACAACAGAAUUAGACAAAACAAAGGACUUGUUAAGCAAAAGAGAGAUUUCUCAAAAGUCUCUUGAAGAAGAAUUAGGAAAUUUAAAGACGGUUAUCAUUCAGGUUACUAAAGAAAAGGAAAGCAAAAUUGAAGAAUUUGAUAAAGUUGCAUCAAGUAGUGCAUUAGAAAUUGAUGAACUUAGAAAAAUGGUAAAACAUUUGGAAGAAUCUUUCAGAACAGAACAGCAAAGAUCAAAGCAGGUCCAAGAAUCUUUACAGAUUUCUUCUUCAGAGUUGGAAAAAAGGACUACAAUACUAGGGGAAUUGGAACAGCUUAAAAGUGAACAUGAAUUGAAGAUUAAUCAACUCACAGAGUUUUUGGAAAACAACACAAAAAGUAAAGAAAAAAUAGAGGAAGAACUAGCAAGUGAAAAGUUAGAAAGGAUAAAAUACUUUGAAGAAUUGAAAAUGGAAAAGAAAAUGCAGAAUGACUUACAAGACAGAAUGGAUAUACUGGUACACAAAACAGAAGAUUUACAGAAAUGUGUAGAUGAAUUGAUGAAAGAAAAUGCAAACCUUAAAGAAAUAACAGAAAACAAAGAGAAUAUACAUUCUGAACUUCAAAGAGAGAUCGCUAAUGCACUUGCAAAAGAAAAGGAUUGUUUUGAACAAAUAAACAUCUUGAAGACGGAACUUGAAGAGGAAAAACAAAAGCACAAUAAACUCUAUUCGGAUUACCACAUUCUGUUAACAGUGAAAGAAACAAUUUCACAAAACCUAAGUAAUGGCAAUGCAAAAAUUAAAGACCUCCAAAAGAAACUUGAUAACUUUGAAUAUAAAGAAGAAUCAACAAAGAAAGAGAUAGAAGAACUUCAGGAACAAAAUCAUCAACAAAAGGAAGAAAUGAAAGCACUAGAGAACACAUUGAAACAACAGGAUCAAUUAACUGUAAGAAAACUUGGAGAAAAGGAAGAAAAUUCCAAAACUUUUCAAAAUGAAGUUAAAAAAAAGGAAAAAAUGCUAAAGACAAUGGAGAAUAAGUUGAACUCUUUGAAAAAGCAAUUGGAAAGUAAGAACAUCUCUGCUGAAGAAUUAAAUCAAGAGAAUAAGAGCUUGAAAAAAAAGUUUAUUGAAGAAACUCGGCAGGCCAACAUUUAUAAAACCGAGAGAAAUGAAUUGAAUUUGUUGCAUUUGGAAUUGACAAGUCUCAGUAAGCAAAAUGAAGAAACCAUUCAGGGUCUUCAAAAGGAAAUUGAAGAACUGAAGCUUGAAAACAAAAAGUUAACGGAAGAGGUAAAAUCAUUGAAAUUCACAGCAGAAACAACUCUUCAGGCACAGAGAGAAACUGAGAUUAUGUGCCAGAACAAGAUUACUGAAAUGGUUACGCUUAUGGAAAAACACAAGCAUCAGUAUGAUAAAAUGGUUGAUGAAAAAGAUGCAGAAUUGAAAUGCUGGAAAGAAAAACAACGAAAUAUCAACCUAUGUAAAAAACCUUUGGAGGAAGAGCUAACAUCUCUCAAAAGUGAACUUUCAGGUGUAAAACAACAACUUAAAGAAGUGACUGGUGAAAAGGAAACUUUUGAAAAUCAUGUUAAGGCAUUGAAGGGCACAGUCAAAUCUUUAAAAGAUGAAAUAAAAAAGAAAGUUGAAUCAAAUUCCAGUUUGAUGAACAAAAAUAACAGUGCAUCAAAUUGUGAAGUAUCUAAGACUCCUGUCAGAAAAAACAACCUAUCUACUGCCUCAAAAUCAGCAGAACUGCCUAAACAGUCAGAAAGUUCAAUUAUUCAACAUUUUCAUACUUGGACACCAGCAGAAAAAGCUAAAGUUUUCCCAAAUCAUCAGACGUACACAAUAAAAACUCCCCUCGGUGCUCACAAUCAAUUUCUAAAGGGCAUAAUGAAACCGCCAGCUGAUGAAGCUCUGCAGAAAAAGAGAAAAGUGUUUUUAGACUUGGAUACACAUUCAGACAGCUCUGAACAGAGUGAUCUUUUGAGCAUGAUUCCGGAAUCUGACAUGUUCAGAGAAUUGUAUAAAGGAAACUCAGAAGCUGCUAGUCUCUUUGGAAAACCAUUCAAACAGUUGUGCAGUCCAGCAAAGCCCAAAACUUAUGGCAAUGCUCUGAAAAUGGAUGCUGUUAAGAAGAUGCGAAAAGCAGGGUGGGAAGCUGUCACAAAGGAAAGCAGGAAAAAAAGGAUGAAAGUAGCAGAGAAAAUAUUUUAAAUUUAUAUAGAUUAUUGUUUUUUUUCUUAAGAUUUCCUUGGACUUCCAGAAAAAAUAUAUUGUUUCUCUGUAACUUCAAAUAUAAUUUUAAUGGUUAUUUCAAAUAUGUUGAUGUAUUUACAUAGAACACUAAUUUAAAAGGUAUUUAUUCAAAUUUGAAUAAAGAUAUACUGUUAUAAGAAGUUAUUGGACUUCUCCACAUUACAUCUUAACAUGGCUCAGGCCAUUUAAUAAAUGUUUAUUGUUUAACUUCAUUUUUAAAAAAAAGAAUGAGCAAGUUCUCAAACUUGUUUAGAAAUCCAUAUUAUUGCAAUGGAUUUUUCCCUUAUCUGUAGUCAAAAUCUCCAACUGACCUUUGGGUCUCCUGCUGCAGAUGAUGAGGAAUGAUAGGACACAUCCUAAUUCCUUUCUUGUUUAUUAGAUUUCCUAGAGGACGUUAUCCAUUUUAAAAUUAUUUUUACAUUGGGCAAGAGAAACGUCUUUUUUGCUAGGAAUGACAUUAGGCUCAAAUAGCAAUGCAGUUUUUUACUAAAUGAUAAAAUGCAUUUUUUUUUUGUAAAAUUUAAACUUCAUGGAAGUGAGGAUGUUGUCAUCUGCAUUGUUAAGCUGUGGCAGACCUCAAUGCGGCAGUCAAUUUUCAUCCUUUUUACCAAUCAGACUUCACUUUAACAGCUGAAGAAUCCAGUAAAAUUUUGCAAAUCAGGGAUAUAGUUUGGAAAAGGGAUAGUUUGCAGGAAGAAGAUCAGUCCUGCUAAAGGUGUGUCACAAAACAAAGCGGUAAGUCAAAGGGAUUAAUAUAAUUGAUGGUUGACUAAUUACUAGCUUGUGAUUAAACAGAUUGAUUACAUGCCGCACUUUUCUUCAUUAAUGGAAGAUUUCUGCCACAGAACACAACAUUUCAAUUCAAUUCAAUUCAAAUGUAAGUUUAACUUACUGAGAUGAUAUUCUAUUUAAAAAACCUUUGCAGCAAACAGUAAAAACUAAACACAUUAAACUGACGAUGCAUUUGUUCUUGUUCUUAAAAUAUUUGAGUGUUUGUUCUGUACUAAGAUAUUAUUCAUGUUAAUAAAUGAUAAAUAUUUAAAUCAUGUUUCUGUUAUUUUAAUUGCAAAAUAUACAAAUGGCCAUUACGUUUCCCUUGUCCUAUCAAACAAAUCCAACA